AUGUUCGAUGCUAAUGCCGAUUUUAUUAUUAUUAUUAUGUUGCUUUUGGUGGUUUUCAUUUGUUUUGAUUAUGCAGCUAUGUACGGGGACAGGGGACCUCCGAAGAAGUACAGCAACCCGCGCGGUGUCACGGGGCAGACCGUGACCUCGCGGGUGUGUCAGAAGUGUGCAUCGAAGGAGCAUUGGACGUUUGAGUGUAAAAAAAACCCGGAUGCCGCAUGUAAAACGACGCCGCGGCUGAGCCGGUCGCAGAUGCUGCGAUGGGGCAUCAAAAAGCGGCGACAGGAGUUUGUGCCGGAACCCACCGAGCGAGAGGCGUACAACGCGCACGUGAAGGAGGUGGAGCGGGUGCUGCUCACUGAGGCACGGGAAGAGGUGCUGCAGAAGCGGCGCUUGGAAAAGUUGCGGGAGGCGAGAGACGAAAUUGACGACGAUGGCUCCUGUCGCGGCGAUUACGCGAGGAAGGACGUGAUGAGCAGAAAGCCUGCGGUGAGUGCGGCUGUGAAGGGCGAGGCGCACAUUAAAGAGGAGAGAGACGACACUGGCGAGUGA